AUGUCGACGUCUACAUUAAGCACAACGGAAAAGAACAAACCUUUACUACUUUCUAAAGGGUUUUGCUAUACUAUCGAUAAAGCAACUAAUGAUAAAAUUUAUUGGAAAUGUGAAUAUGCUCGAAAGCUUGAAUGCAAAGAUCGAAUUCACACAAAUGAUAUUAAGACGACAAUAUUACAUGAAAAUGACAAUCAUAAUCAUCCUGGAAAUGCUAUUUCAAGUGAAAUUCGAAUAUUUGAAGAAAAGUUUCGUGAUCGUGCUGUGAAUUGCAACGAAAAUACACAAACUGUUCUUGAUAAUUGUUUAACGGAUUUAUCUGAUCUUGCUGUAGCUCGCAUUCCCAAUUUUAAACAUAUAAAACGAAAUAUGAAACAUCGACGUGUUAUGAAUGAUUCUCCAAAAAUUCCUAAUGAUAGGACAUUUAAUCAAAUUCCUGAUAUAUUAUCAGUUACCAAACGAAGCAAUGAAUUUUUGCAAUUUGAUUCUGGUCCAGGAGAUGAUCGUAUUAUCAUAUUUUCAACACUUGAACAAUUACAACUUCUUGAAAAUUGUGAACAAUUAUUAGUUGAUGGAACAUUUAAAGUAGCACCAGCAAUCUUUUACCAGUUGUAUGCUAUGCAUAUUGUUUAUCGAAAUGCUGUUAUACCGGUUGUUUUUGCUUUAUUACCAAAUAAAAAUCAAUCAACUUAUCAUCGUCUUCUUGAUAAACUAAAAGAACUUUGUCCAUUAUGGCAUCCAAAAUCCAUAAUGAUGGAUUUUGAGAAAGCUGCGAUGAACGAAUUUGGGGAUAAGUUUACUACAACUACUGAUCCAGCAAUAAUGUCUGGUUGCUUCUUUCAUUUACAAAAUAGUGUGCAACGUAAACUUCAAAAUGCUACCGUAUUGACUAAACCAUUGGGUUAA